AUGUAUGAUAUGUUAUCAAUGUGUUCAUAUUUCUUUAUCAAAUAUUGGAUAAUACUAUCUAUAAAUUUUGUAUUGACUUAUCAACAAACUACUAACUAUAAAAAUGAUCAACCUAUUCCUGUUAAUCACAAUAAUGUUUUGAUUCCACAUGAACAACAAGUUUACAGAUAUAUCAUGAACAAUUAUGAGCCAUCUGUAAGACCGUUGAAAAACAUAUCCGAAAAGUUAACAGUGAAGAUACGUAUACGCUUACAACAAAUCAGUGGUUUGGAUGAGCGCAAUCAAGUGUUGACAACUAUACUAUUCCUUGAGCAGAUAUGGGAAGAUGAAUAUUUAAAAUGGAAUGAACCGGAAUUCGGAAAUGUAAGAACUUUGCGUGUACCAGCUGAGCAAGUAUGGACUCCAGAUACUUAUGUAUUUAAUAAUGCUGAUCAUACAAAUUCUGGUUUUCUAGAAGGUGUCUAUGUUUUAAUUCAUAGUUCUGGUAAAGUAUCAUGGCCAAUUCCAGUUCAAUUAAAAACAUCAUGUAAAGUCGAUAUUACAUUAUUUCCAUUUGAUCAUCAAAAUUGUGAAAUACAAUUUGGAUCAUGGAUGUAUACAUCUGAUUGGAUUAAAUAUAAAUUUCAAACGGAUCAACAUAAUAAAUCAACAACAAUGAAAAAUUGGAAAUACUCUAAAAAAUUAUCAUCUUCUUUAGUAUCAUUAUUGUCAAAUACCUCGAAUCGACAUUUAACUACAGAAAGAAGAGAUCAUGACGAAAUAGGACAAGAUGACCUUGAUAAUAAUAAUAAUAAUAAUAAUAAUAAUAAUAAUAAUAAUAAUAAUUUUGAGGAAGAUUAUCUGACUAGAAAUGCAUUAGAUACAUCAUCUUAUUGGGAUAGUACAGAUUGGAUGCUGAAACAUGCUAUAUUAUCCUAUACUCAUCGAUCUACUGAUACAUGACUGUUUGGAAACCAACCACAAGUAUAUUAACAUUCAGUUUCAUGAUAAUAAAUUGGACACUAGACAAACUGACUUAGUAUUAAAACUAUUCUUACAAAGAAGAAGUUUUUUCUACAUUUGGAAUAUUGUCGUACCAUGUAUACUAUUAACAUUGCUUACAUUAAUCACAUUUUGGACACCAAUUGAUUCAGGUGAAAAAGUUACUUUAGGUUUAUCAGUAUUUUUAGCAUUUUCUAUGUUUAUGAUGUUGAUAGCUGAACGUGUACCGCCAACAGCCAAGAAUAUUCCACUUAGGUGAGUGAUAUUGAUUUGUUUUCAGUUUUA